CCUCGAGAUGGACCAGUAUCCCUGGGAGGUAAUUCGAAACGGACUUGCCUUACCCCAACACGCCCAAAAAUGGUGGGACAAAACGGCGCCUAAAUUGGGACAUAUGCUCCAAGGAGCAGGCUACGAUGCGCAUGAGCAAUACAAGAUACUCCUAUUCUUCUGGCGAUACAUCGUCAUACAUUUUGGUCCUUAUCCCGAGGAGUCUCAAAAAGAUUCAUCCCUCCCAUUCUGGAAGAGCUUCAUGACUGACGACAACUCGCCAAUGGAACUAAGCUGGGCAUGGGAUUCCAUCAAUAGUCUACCGGAAAUCCGCUUUAGUAUCGAAGCCAUUGGGUUUAAAGCGGGGACAGCUGAAGAUCCAUCCAAUCAGUUGGAAACAUUGAAGCUUAUGUCCGAGCUGAAGGUCACGCAGCCUCAGUUUGUGUGGGAACUAUUCGAGUACUUCCACAAUGCAUUUCAGCCCUCAUCCGCAGGCCCCAACAGCAAUCAAGAGUUUCCUCAUCGAUCAUCCCUUGGUCUCGGCUUCAAGUGCUCUCGGGUCAGUAUGCGUAUCGGAGCUUAUCUCACGCCCCCGGUAUUAGAUCCUACAGCAAGCUGGAAUUACACGUACGAUGUGAUAUCCAAGUUUCGCAAGGACGAAACGUCAUUCCCAACCGCGAGACAACUGCACGACUUUCUUACCCAGACCGAGACAGGAAAGGAGCUCCGCUUUGUCGGACUCGGAAUAGACUGCGUUAAAAUCAACAAGUCCCGGCUGAAGAUAUACGUCCGCUCACGAGAAACAUCCGUCGAAAGUAUGCGGAACAUCCUCACGAUGAACGGUACAAUGCCAGAGCCAUGGACGGACUCUAUUCUCAAGAAACUCUAUACCCUCUUGGAUAUGGUCGCUCCUGGGUACAAGGACAGCCAAGUCAACACCGCGCAGACAGCCGGUAUGCUUUACAACUUCGACAUUCAUAGCGGCCGCAAAGAACCGUAUUCACGAAUAUACAUACCAGUCAAGCACUAUGGGAUUGAUGAUCUUAGCAUCGCCCAAGGAUUGGAGCGUUUCCAAAAAAUCCAGGGACGCACAGACGAAGAUCAAUCGAGGUCAUACCUCGAGAUGUUACGGCAGGUUUAUAACAAGCGGAAGCUGGAAGAUGGAAAAGGCUUGCAGACGUUUAUUGCAAUUUCCCCGAAAGAUGGGAGUCUCGCUAUUGCGGCGUAUGUCAGUCCACAUGCAUAUACAGAACGUGGACCAGGAGAAUGGCCGCUUAAAAUUGGUUGA